CAGAAGUCACACCCAAUGAGAAGGAAGCGGCGUUCGCCGUGGCCCUAUCGGCUGCUACAAUAUAAGAACGGAUACGCCCAACUGGCGGACACUGCAGCUUGGUGGUUCCGGGUCCCGCCUAGCCUGGCUUUUACCCGUGCCCGGCCGGGACCUAGGGGCAGUCGGAAGAGACCUUCUAAGCCGGUGGGUCGGUGCUGCCUGAGGUGCGCGUUGGCGUCAGGCCGGGAGCGGCUGCUGCUCGCGUCAGGAAUGUAUAAAGGCAGUCGGCAGAGUAAGAGAAGAUAUGGGCGGAGGGGUCACCAGCAGAGCCAUUGGUUCAGACAGCGUGGCUCCAGUGAGAGGUGUAACACGGGGACACCGCAAAGCCCACAUGACUCCAGCCCCAGCGAUGACGAGUCUCCGUCAACCUCUUCCAGCGCAGCUGGAAGCUCUCCCGUGCUAGAUCUACCAGGGUAUUACUUUGACCCUGAAAAGAAACGCUACUUUCGCUUGCUCCCUGGGCAUAACAACUGCAACCCCCUCACGAAGGAGAGCAUCCAGGAAAAGGAAGCAGAGAAGAAAAGGCUGCAGCUAGUGGAAGAGGACAAGCAGAAAAAGAAAGUAGCCAGAGUGGGAUUUAAUGCAUCUUCCUUGCUACGUAAAAGACAGCUGGGUUUUCUCAAUGACGUCAGUUAUUCCCGUCUGGCCCAUGAGCUGCGAGUGAGCUGCAUGCAGAAGACAAAGGUCCACAUUCAGAGCUCGGAUCCCUCUGCUUUGGCAAGUGACCAGUUUAAUCUCAUACUGGCUAAUAACAACAGGGACCGGCUCUUCACAGUCAUUGACGUCAAAGUUGGCGGCUCCAAAUACAGCAUCAUCAACCUCAACCGUCUGCGGAUCCCAUCACUCACUGUGAGAAUGUAUGAAAACCUGUACUUCACCAACCGGAAGGUGAAUUGUGUGUGCUGGGCCUCGCUGAAUCACUUGGAUUCCCAUAUUCUGUUGUGCCGCAUGGGAAUUGCGAAGACUCCAGGCUGCGCCACUCUGCUCCCAGCAUCGCUGUUCGCCCAUAGUCAUCCAGUAGUCAGAGACCGGCCCGGCAUGCUCUGCAGUUUCCAGAUUCCCAGCGCCUGGUCCUGUGCGUGGUCCCUGAAUAUCCAGGCAAAUAACUGCUUCAGCGCAGGCCUGUCUCAGCAGGUUCUGCUGACCAACGUGGUGACGGGACACCAGCAGUUAUUCAGCACCAGCAGUGAUGUCCUGACCCAGCAGUUUGCUAUCUUGGCCCCUCUGCUGUUUAAUGGCUGUCGUUCCGGGGAGAUCUUUGCCAUUGAUCUGCGUUCUCACAGUCAGGGCAAGAGCUGGAAGGCCAUGUGCCUGUCCCAUGACUCAGCGGUGACCUCUGUGCAAAUCCUCCAAGAAGAACAAUGCCUGAUGGCAUCAGACAUGGCUGGAAAGAUCAAGCUGUGGGACCUGAGGACCAGUAAAUGUUUAAGGCAGUUUGAAGGUCACGUGAAUGAGUACGCCUACCUGCCCCUGCACGUGCACGAGGAAGAAGGAAUCGUGAUAGCAGUGGGUCAAGACUGCCACACAAGAAUCUGGAGCCUCCGUGAUGCCCACCUGCUCAGAACCAUACCUUCCCCUUACCCUGCCUCCAAGGAGAACAUCCCCAGUGUUGCCUUCUCUUCUCGGCUCGGGGGCUUCCGGGGAGGACCGGGGCUGCUCAUGGCUGUCCAGCAGGACCUCUACUGUUUCGCCUACAACUGAUCCUGCAGGUGACAGCCUAGAGGAAUGUUAGUUUGACUUAGAGAAGUAACGGGCUUCAAUUGCUGUUCUUUUUCUAGCGAAGGCAUUUUAAACGGGCACUCUGUGUGCACAGAUCCCACCAUAUGGCGGCAGCGGUGAAGGUGUUAAGUGCUUUAUGUGGAGACACUUCAGUAAAGUUAUUUUCAUUAAAUUGUGGGCUCAGAGAGCCUGAAAGUCCUUUUCAUAAAAGGUUCCUAUUUCUUAUUCUUGUUGAAUUCCUUAGAAUAGCCUCCCCACACUUUUUUUUUUUUU